AUGAUUGACAACCCAAUGGUGUUAUCAAAGUCCUACCAGCACAUCCUUGCCCUGGUGUUUGCGAUUGAUGAGGUCAAUGAGAAUCCCAAGCUCUUGCCCAAUCUCACGCUAGGGUUCCACAUCUAUGACAGCUACUAUGAUGCUAAGAUGACGUACCGCACCACUCUGGAUCUGCUGUUUAACUCACAUACCUUUGUCCCCAACUACAAAUGUGGCCCCCAGGAAAAUGUAAUAGGAGUCAUUGGGGGACUGAGCUCUAAGGUCACCUUGUGCAUGGCAGACAUCUUGGGUCUUUACAAAAUUCCACAGCUCCACUCAUUCCUACAGAAGAUCUCAUUCAACAACUCUGUUGGUGAUGAAAUUACAUUAAAUGAACGUGGAGAAUUAGCAGCUGGUUUUGAUAUUACAAAUUUGAUCACUUUCCCAAAUAUAUCCUACAUCAGGGUCAAAGUGGGAAGGCUGGAUCAUCAGGCCCCUCCAGGCAAAGAGCUCACCAUGAAUGAUGGACAGAUUAAAUGGCACAGGGACUUGACUCAGGUGCCACCCCUCUCAGUAUGUAAUGACAACUGCCAUCCUGGUUACGGGAAGAAGAAAAAGGAGACAAACAUGGAGACAUGUGUCAGUUGCCCACCAAAUAAGUAUCCAAACAAGGACCAGGAUAAUUGCAUUCCUAAAAUACCAAACUUUCUUGGCUUUGAUGAAACUUUGGGCAUCAUUUCAACUUUCACUGCACUAUUGUUCUCUCUGAUCACAGCUCUAGUGUUGGGCAUCUUCAUAAAACACCAGGACACUGCCAUCGUCAAAGCCAACAAUAGAAGCCUCACUUACAUUCUCCUUGUGUCCCUCCUCUUGUGUUUCCUCUGCUCCUUGAUGUUCAUUGGAACACCUAAGCAGGCAACCUGCCUUCUCCGACAAACAGGUUUUGGCAUUGUCUUCUCUGUGGCCCUCUCUAGCAUCUUGGCCAAAACCAUAUCAGUGGUUAUGGCAUUCAUGGCUACCAAGCCAGGAUCCACAAUCAGGAAGUGGGUUGGCAAAAAACUGGGUUAUUCCAUUGUCCUCUCCUGCUCUAAAAUUCAAGUGGGGCUUUGUGGUCUUUGGCUGACAACUUUUCCCCCUUUCCCAGAUUUGGACAUGCAAUCAAUGAGUGAAGAAAUUAUAUUGUUAUGUAAUGAAGGGUCAGUCCUCAUGUUCUAUUGUGUUUUGGGCUACAUGGGCUUCCUGGCCAUUGUCAGCUUCACUGUGGCCUUCCUAGCCCGGAAGUUACCUGACAGCUUCAAUGAAGCCAAGUUCAUCACCUUCAGCAUGCUGGUCUUCUGCAGUGUUUGGAUCUCCUUUAUUCCCACAUACUUAAGCACCAGAGGGAAAUACAUGGUGGCUGUGGAGAUCUUCUCCAUCUUGGCUUCCAGUGCUGGAUUACUGGCUUGCAUCUUUUUCCCCAAAUGCUACAUUAUUGUAGUGAGGCCUGACUUGAACACCAGAGAGCAUUUAAUACAAAGAAAGAUAUAA